AUGGCUUCUACUGAGGCGCCUCCUAGGCCUCACGACCGACAUGGCCGCCGACGACCGUUCACCACCUGGAUGCGCCGGCUCGCGAGUCUCAAGACUCUUCAUACCGACUCCAGCGCCGAGGCUGGCGCAAGUUCACGGCGCUACGCAACCCUCCCCAUGACCAUCAAGUCGAAAAAGGGCAACAUUGCGAAGAACAAUCCCUAUCCUCUCUCCUCGCGCAUCAGCGAGCCUCACAGUCACAGUAAUACCACAAAUGGCCAUCUGUCAUUCUCCACGCACAUGACCUCCUCCCAACGAUCCAGACACAGCUCCUUCUCCCAGUCUCACAGUAAACACUCAGUUUCCAUCUCCCACGACAGCCAGACCGGCGGCAACAAAUCGAGGGCGCCCACGCUGGCCACACAAGCAGAGACGGCUCUUUCAGAUGCAGCCCCUUCAGGAGCAGGAACAAGUGCCACAGCAGCUACAAAGACCGAUGGCGGCAGAGACAGCACAUUUUCCUCCCCUGCGCCGUCUAUCAGGUCCAUGGCUACAACCCUGACCACAGUCCAAUCGAUUGCCGCUCCAUCGCACCACAAUAACAACAACUACAACAAUCCCGGUGGAACGCCCAUGCUCACGCAUACUUCGACUGCAGCAAGCAAUCCUGUUUACUAUGGCGGACAACCCGCCACGGCGGUCCCAGCGCACCUUGCUCCACAUUCGCAUCCGACAACCUACCACUCCGCAAUAGCCAACAAUGUACUCACAGACGACGCCUCAAUCCUCACACUCGCGUCUUCCUCCAAACGCCGACGAAGGAACUCGGUAGACACCAAUGCAUCUAUAAAGGCACUCGCUCCGGCGUCCAUGUUCGGAGGAAGUCGCGAGUCUCUUCCUCUAUCCGUGCUGUCCGGUACGGUCAUUCACCCCAGUGCUGCAGCAGACACGGCGUCCCUUCGCGGAGAUGCCGCGGCGCACAAUACACGCUCAAACUUGAACGCCGAACGGUCCAGUCUGAUCUCAGCCAGCGGAGUGACGGCGCCCGCGCUGGCGAGCGAGCGGAAUAGUUACAUUGGGAGCAAAUACGGAGGCGAUACCGCGAGUGUGAGAAGUAAUCUCUUGGGCGGCGCAAAUGCGGGCGGCCACGGGCGAAACGACAGCCUGAGCGGGAGCAUAGGAGGCGUGUACAGAGAAAAAGAGCAGCAGCGCGACAAGGAAAAGGAAAAAGAGAGGGAUAAUCGAGGCAUGGAAAAGGUUGGGGAAUCAGAGAACGAGAACAGAAACAAUAUACCCGGGAUGGUCACCGCGCCGACGAGUCCGCUUGUUGAUGGGCAGCAUCGCGAUGGCGCAGGUGAAACCGUGUAUACCAGUGCCUCGGCGGUGGAAGAAAUGACGCAAGCUUUGGAGAAGGAGAAGGACAAGGACAACACGACUGCGGAGGAGGAGGAGGAGGAGGAUGAUGAUGAGGAGGAGAAGUGA